AUGGAGCCAACAGCUCAAGGACACUCUGAGAAAACGUUCAGCUACGUGGUCAGAGCCCCCAGCAGCGACGGGUUUGAUGUAAUGAACGUGGACGUGAAGAUAGACACGUCCUGGGUGUUCCAGGACGUAGACGACAGCGGUGAGGAGCAGGCACAUGUCCCGGGAGCAGCAGGCAGAAGGAGCCCGGACAUGGAUGCGGGGACGCUUGGGCGGCAGCUGGAGUCCUCCGAGCAGAAGCUGUUGGCAGCUGUGGACAAAUACGUGAUGUCCGAGUCCGGGCUCAGGAGCAGGACCCAGGAGCUGGAGCUGUCGGAGCGGAAGCUCCUGCGGAAGGUGGACCAGCUGAGGGCCCGCGUGUGCCAGGAAAGGAGCACCUCUCUCCGGGCCCAGGAGCAGCUGGAGGCGCUGCAGGGGGAGCUCGCCAGCCAGGUUCUGGAAAAGGAGCGCGCGGCCCGGCGGCAGCGGUGGCGGCUGCAGCGGCUGCGGGAGCAGCUGCGGCACAAGGACGAGGCCCUGGGGCAGCAGACGGCGGCCCUGGAGCGCGUCCGGCGGACCCAGCGGCGCGAGCUGGGCCUGGUGCGUGAGCAGGAGCGGGUCCUGCGGGCGCAGGUGCAGCGGCUGGAGCGGGAUGUGCGGCGCCUCUGCCGCGCCGCGGGUCUCCUGCUGGCCGAGCUGGACGCCCCGACCCGGGGCAGCCCCCGAUUCCCGGGCCCUGCCGGACCCCAGGGCGCCCCCGUGGAGGCCGCGGAGGUGCGCGCCCUGCGAGAGAGAGCCGAGCGCGCGGAGCGCGAGCGGGACGAGGCGGCGCGCCGGUUGCGGGAGCAUCGCGCCGCCCAGCGCCAGCUCCGCGUGCAGCUGGAGGAGCUUCGCUGCUGGAUCUACGAGCUGAAGCUGUCGGAGAUCAGCCUACAGAGCCGGGUGGAGGACCUCGCCGAGCAAAACCGGAGCCUGCGAGAGGGGCUGGCAGCCCAGGCCCCGGGGGAGAGGGUGCGCGGCACAGCCCCUGCCGGUCCCUGUUGCCCGGCUGCUCCAGCCGAGCCCAGCUUGCAUGAGCAGACGCUCCUCCUCCUCUGUGGCUGCCCCUCGGGGCCGUGCCCAGAUGGCUCCCUCCUGCCCGUGGAGCUGGCCUGGGUCUCAGAGCAGAGGCUAGCAGCUGCCCCAGCCCAGGCGUCCUUCCUGGUGCAGGCGUCCAUGCUCCCUCCCUGGGGGCCUGCCGGUGACCGAGCCCCCCUUCUGCUGCAGGAGGCUUCUCCAGAAGAGUUCCAAAUCCAGUGGGUGCUGGGCGCCGGGCCCCUGCCCGCUCUCGGAGCCAUAGGACAGCCCUGCGGGGUCCAGCAUCAGACUAGGAGCCGCAAUGCCUCCCUCCGCCAGGGGUCCCUACAGAUAUUGCAUCACUUAGGGUCCAGGGGUCUAGACGGCCCUUGGGAGGAGGGAGGAGGAGCCCCAGAGUGGAGACCUACGGCCUGGGGGGCCAGGAGGACUUGGGGCAGGGAGGGGGAAGACCUUGGUGACCGGUGCCAGCGACAUCAGGAAAGCCGUCAGGAGAGCUUAGGGGAGGAUGUUGACAUCCUAGAAGGCCUGCAGGACAAACUCGGGGCUUCUGAGUCCCCAGCCGCUGCCUUCUGCCCUUGUCUCAGGCAGGAGCGCCCCCUGCCUCUGCUGGGGGAGGCCUCCAUGUGCACAGAGGGUCCCCAGUCCCUGAGCAGGACGAGGCAGGCAGAAGAGCAUGUCUGGGGCCUCCUAGGAGGGCCUUCGUCAGCGGAGGAGGAAGCGGCCGCCCCAGCCACCUUCUUCAGGGCUCAUGGUGCCAAAGGGCCGUCUCCAGCAGGUGCCCAGCGCCCUGCAGAGCAGGACAGAGCCACCAGGAGAGUCCAGGGCCAGGGGGGAGACCAGGUCUGGCCUGCAAACACUGCACUGUGGCUCGAGGGCAGCCCCGGGGAGGGCGGGCCAGGGGACGAGGAGCAGGGUCUGGGAGGGUCCAGCCGGGGCUCUAAGGAGUGGCAGGCCAAGGAAACACUUCUCUCAGUGGAAGAGGGAGGUUUGCCACUGCCCCCCAGAUUGGCAUUCUCACCCGAGGGAGCCGAGCCCCCCAGUCCCUCGAGGGCCCCACGCAAAGGACAGGACAGGUCUGCGCUCACCAUAGACGCCUUCGCGGCGGAGAUGGAGGCUUGCUUCCGGCAGCUGUCCCUGCUGGCCCCAGGGAUCGGGGGUCGUGGGUGGGAAGCUUGCACGUGGGCGGCAGAGGUCGGGAGCUUUGCUGCAAGAUGGACCAGUGGCCAGGAGCACGUGGAUCCUCAGCAGGUUUCAGCAAAUCAGGGCUUGGAUACUUGUCCUGCGAAGGAAGCGCACCCCCAGGAGAGUCGUGGAGGUGUGAAGCCAGGAGAGACCGAGGCCCUGGGAACGGGCCACGUUCUUCCAGGGAUGGGGCCCGGUUUGGAGGACCUGCGCCUGGGCCCAGGGGGGCCCUCCGAGCGGGGCCAGAGCCUCUGCCAGCCGUCGAGAGCUCUGGAGAGAGCCAGGAGCAGACUGCAUCAGCUCGUGUCUGGGCUGAAGAAGGAGAGAAGCAGAGUUUUCCAUGACAACGUCCAACUCCAGAGAGACCAAGAGAGAUGCCAUAAAAAAAUCCGAGCCCUCCAGACCGAGAGGGAGAGAAACGUAAACAAAAUCUGCGCCCUCGAACGGGACAACAGCGCGCUGGCAGGAGACGUCUCCCACCUGAAGAGCGAGCUGGACCAGUACCGGCAGGUCAUCGCCGACCUUGAAGACUGCAAUGGGAAAAGUUACAGCAGAAUUUCCGCGCUCGAAGAGGAAAACGGACAGCUGCGAAGGGGCCUGGGCCAGCUCCAGAAAGCCAUGUCUGAGAGCACCAGGAGGUGCAAGGGCCUGGCCCAGGGCGUCACCCAGGAGAACCGGGAGCUCAGGGCGCUGAUUUCCGAGCUUGGGGUCAGUUACAAAGAGCUGGUCAAGGAUGUCGUGCUGGGAAUAGAAGACAUGAUCGGGGCCUUACGGGGGGAGAAUGCACACCUGCUGCGUAGGAUCAGCGUCCUGGAGAGGGAAGUCGCCUUGGGGAUGAGCACAGAUGGGGGGCGUUUUGGGGGAGCCGAGGAGCGCCUCCCGGGACAAAGCAAGGAGGCGAUGGGCAAGGCGGACGCUGUAGAAAGGGCGGUGCCGAUGACUCCGCUUCCAGAGCAUCUGACUAUGGGAGACCACGGGCCGCCCUCGGAAAAGGAACCGGGUCUGGCUGGAGGCAGGACGGGACCGUCCUCCGGCACAGAGAACCCCAGAUGCGGAACUGAGUCGGCUGCUCCCUCGUUGGCCGGGAGAAGUGCCGAUGUAUCCGGUGCUCUGCAAGCAGAUGGCGGCGGGAUGGCAGUACAAGAGGCACAUUUGGACAAAGAGGAGGACGCACCGUGGCGCUCUGCAGACCAAGGGGGAGCUCCGAGGCCCCUGAGCAGUGGCCCCCAGCUCCAGGACCCGGCGGCCGAGACUUCGGAGGAGGACCUCAGGCUGCGCGUGGGGCAGCUGCGCCACCAGGUGCUGACUCUGCAGUGCCAGCUCAGGGACCAGGGGUCCGCAGGCCGGGAGCUGCAGGCGGCCCUGGGCGCCGCCCUCCGCCUCCGGGACCAGCUCCAGGGCAAGGUUGACGAACUUCAGAAAAAGCAACGAGAAGCAAAUUUGGCCGUGACGCCUUUGAAGGCCAAGCUGGCUUCCCUGGUCCAGAAGUGCCGGGACAGGAACCACCUGCUCAUGCACCUGCUGCAGGAGCUGUGCAGACACGGGGCGGCCAGUCACCUGCUCUCCGAGACGGUGCACAGCAUGGUGGCCGACGUGGCGCUGGCCGAGUACGCGGCCACCUUCCUGGCUCCAGGAUUCACAGAGGCCAGCCGCCACCUGGAUGCGGAGCCUGAGCGGACAGCGGCUGCAGGAGCUCAGGAGUAUCUCCUAAAUCCUGAAAUGGACAGCGUCCUCCCAAGACCUGGGCAUUCCGAAUCCUGGCCUGUUACUGAGGCUGAGUGGCCGGCACAGACCGCUCGACUGGAUUCUCUGGAGCUUCCCCUGCCUUCGGGCCCGACGCCUGACCCUGGACCGUGCCCAGCUGCGGCCACUGUGGUGUCAGGACUCCCUGCACCGCGCCUGCAAGCGGAGGGCGGACUGUCCGGCCCUGCCCACCCAGCUGAGGGCCUCCCGCCGCCCUCGGAGCUCCGGAGCCCCGCGCGGAUCCUGGCUUUCCACGCAGAGCUCAGACAGACCGUUCGCAGCAAUCCCCAGGUCAAUAAAUCACCGCUGGAGUUAUAA